AUGUCUUCUACUGAUACUAUGUUCUCCCAAGGAGAUGGGUAUGGUUUAAUUAUUGGUUUAGGAUUUGCCUUUGCUGCUAUUAUGUUGCUUGUAGCUAAAUUGUUAGAGAGAUUCUUUAAUGAAGUUCAAGAUUCCGAAAUGUUGAUGACAGCUAAGAGAAGUAUUUCUCUGUAUGGUCUUUUAGCUUCGAGUAUUGUAAGUUCGUGGACAAUUGGUCUGACAUUAUUGUUAUCUACAACCACUGCUUAUUCAAAUGGUGUCUCUUCAGCUUAUUGGUAUGGUGCUGGUGCAUGUGUUCAAAUUAUUAUAUUCUCAUGUAUGGCGUUAGAGAUGAAAAGGAAGGCUCCUAAUUGUCAUACUUAUCAAGAAAUUGUUGCUGUUAGAUAUAGUAGUCAUACCCAUAUAAUCGCAUUUAUCUAUUCUGGAAUUCAAAUGGUGACAUAUACAGUUAAUUUAUUAAUCAAUGGUCUGUCAAUUUUUGCUAAUAUUACAGGAAUGAAUCGUGAUGCUGCAAUUUGCUUGUUUCCUAUUGGUGUUAUUAUCUAUACAUUGGCAGGAGGUAUUAAAGCUACAUUUUUAACUGAUUGGACACAUACGGUUAUUAUAUUUGCUGUUUUGCUUAUGUUUAUGUUUAAUACAUAUGCUACUAACGAACAUAUUGGUUCUCCAGAAGUCCUUUGGGAACUUUUAACUGAAACUGCUCAAAGAAGACCCAUCGAAGGAAAUGCUGAUGGUAGUUUGAUGACGUUAAGUUCAGUUCAAGGUGGGUUGUUUGGUUUAGUAUUAUUUGGAGCUGGUUGGGCUGCGUCGGUAGAUUCGCAAUUAUUUCAAAAGGCAAUUGCUGCAGCUCCCGAAAAGGUUAGUUUAUCUUAUAUUUUAGGAGCAAUUGCAUGGUUUACUAUACCAUUUUGUUUAGCUACUACUCUUGGAUUAGCUGCUGCUGGUAUUGAAACAAAAGAAUUCUUCCCUACUUAUCCAAACUUAAUGAGUGCACAACAAAUUGCAGAUGGAUUGGUUAUGCCAUAUGCAGCAGCAGCUUUAAUGGGUAAAGGUGGCCUUGGAGCUGUUUUAACCAUGAUUUUCAUGGCUGUGACUGCCGCUUAUUCUUCGGAAACUAUUGCUGUCUCGGCCUUAGUAACUCAUGAUGUAUACAAGCGUUACUUUGAUGCUGAGGCAAAGGGUAAGAAAUUGGUAUUUGUAUCUCACGCUGUUGUGAUUGCGUUUGGUAUCGUAACAAUUGGUUUAGCCAUUGGAUUAGCACAUGCAGGUUUUGAUGUUUCAUUUAUAACCACCGUGUCAGGAAUUGUGGUUAAUGUCAACGUUUUCCCAAUGAUGGCAACGUUGUUUUGGUCUAAGAUGAGUAGUUUUGCUUAUAGUGUGGGAACUAUCUUAUCAACUUGUAUAUCAUUACUGGUUUGGUUUGGAUAUACUAUUCAUCAAUCAGGAACUAUCAAUUUAAAUACACUAUCAACUAAUGAAGCAUUGGCUGCUGGAAAUACUAUGGCUGUCGGAGUUCCCUUGAUUAUAGUUCCUAUUCUUGUUUGGAUUAAGCCUGAUAAUUUUGAUUGGAAUAUUUGGUUAAAAGAUAUCAAGCAAGAUGAUAAUGUUAAAUUUGAUGAAGAUCACAAUUUGAGACAAGUAUUAAGCGCGGAAGAAAAUACCCAAUUUGAAAUUGAAAAAUAUGAACAAUUAAAUGAAACAAUAUUAAGACAAAGAAAAUUUGGAUUUAUUGCUACCAUUGUAUUUGUAUUAUUCUUUUUGGUAGUAUUCCCAUUGCCAUUAUAUGGAUCUAAAUAUGUUUUCAGUAAGACUUUCUUUAGAGGAUGGAUUGUUGUGAUGUUUAUUUGGGGUUUCAUAGGAGCUUUUAUUGUUAUAUUGCUACCAUUAUGGGAAGUUAGAACUACAGUUAUAACCUUGUAUAAGAUAGAUUAUGACGGGCCUGAAACAAAAACCACUUGGAGAUAUUAA